GGAGGGGGGGGGGGGGGUCCGAGGUCCAUGCCCCCCGGCCCUCCUCGUAUAUAGUUCUCGGCUGGUUCUUCCUCAUAAUCGAGAACCCCCAGCAUCAAGAACCCCCAUCAUCAAGAAUCCCCAUCAUUCUCAGAACCGCCUUACCCUCGCGCCAAUCGCAAUGCCGAGACCAACAACGACCAGGCAGUGGGUGCUGGCCAACAAGCCAGAUGGCCUUCCCAUUCUCGGGGACGGGCCCGACGCCACCUGGCGGCUGCAGGAAAUGCCUCUGAGGCCGCUGAAAGAAGGCGAAGUUCUCGGCCGUGUGCGAUACAUAUCCAAUGAUACGGGCUUGCGCGGCUUCAUAUCCACAAGCGUCGCGCCCGAGAGAUACUACGUGCCUCUUGUCGAAGUUGGCCAAGCCAUGCGCGCCGGUGUCAUCACCGAGGUCCUCGAAUCCAAGAGCGAUCGUUUCAAGCCCGGCGACAUGCUGAUGGACUACCACCUCGGCUGCUGGGGCGAGCACGUCAUUCUUGACGUGACCAAAUCUCAACCGCUUCUAUCGCCUGUGCCCGAAGGCGUUUCGCUCACGAACUACGUGGGGGCGCUAGGAGCUUCAGGUUUAACUGCCUUCACUGGUUUGAAACAUGUUGGCCAGCUCAAGCCGGGCCAGACGGUGGUGGUAUCUGCCGCCGCGGGUGCCACGGGCUCGAUGGUGGUGCAGAUCGCGCGCAAGAUCCUCGGGGCCGGGCGCGUCAUCGGCAUCGCUGGCACAGACGAGAAGUGCCAGUUUGUCAAGAACGAGCUGGGGGCCGACGAGUGCCUCAACUACAGGAGUCCCACCUUCGAGCAGGACCUCAAGGCCGCGACGCCGGACGAGGUGGAUCUGUAUUUUGACAACGUCGGAGGUCACAUACUGGACGUGAUGCUGACGCGAGUGAAGAAGUUUGGACGAAUCGCCGUCUGCGGCCUUGUGUCGACCUACAACUCCGCUGCCGACGAGCCGAUGACAUUACGGAACAUGUUUGAAGUUGUUUCGUGCGGUCUCACCAUCCAGGGCUUUAUCAUGCUGGACUACAUCGACAAGGUGCCCCAGAUGAUGGCGGACUUGGUGGAGGGCGUUCAGAAAGGACUGAUCUCCCUGAAACAUUCGGAGCAGGUCGUCGAGGCCAGUAUCGAAAAGCAGCCCGAGAUAUUCAUGAGCCUGUUCAAGGGCGCAAACAAGGGCAAACUGGUCACUAGCCUGCAGACUUAGGCCACAGGUUUAAUGGUGGUUAUGUACGGAAUAGAAAGAAAAUGCGCAAGCCCGACUAAAGAUAAAAAAGGUGCCACCCCCUGUCGAGAGUGGUUGCGAUUUAGUACCACGAUUUAGUACUACCCCCUAUUGGAGGUGGUUACGCGUUUCGUCUUGCCGACCCCGCGAGGGUUAAGCCGCAUAGGCGGGACCGACAAGCCGAAACGAUCUUUUUUAUUUCAACUCGUUUUACGACUUCUUUGGCCUGCCUUGAAGCUGGUUGCCGAAAUUGAGAUCAAGAGGGACACCCGUCAUCGUGCCAAGGGGAUCGGGAAAGAUACGGUGCACAACGGCCUCUGAAUUGUAGGAGUUAUGAUCUCCAGGAUCGUUGGGAUCCUCCCUCUGAAAUCUAGGCCAACUCUAGGUAGGAGUUCUUGGAACCAUUCAACCUUCCCCUUCGGAGAGAUCUUCUCGGCCUUGUCCAAGUACUCCCUCUGCUUGUUUAGGAUCCAUCUGAGAAC